GCCACAUGGGUAAGAUGCUCGAGAAGAUCAUUGCUAAUCGACUGAAGGAUCUCGCCAACAACCACAAGCUCCUGUCGAAGUUGCAGUUAGGUGCCCCCCGGCAAAGGCACUGCACAAGCCCUACGAUACCUUCUUAAUCCAGUCUACAAGGGCUGGUGUCUCACUCCCCACAAGGAGUCAUCUCUGAUGGGGCUUGAUAUCAAAGGAGCGUUUGACCGCGUUGACAGGGAUCUGCUCCUCCAGGCCCUAAUCAAGAAGGGUGUCCCUGACUGGUUGGUCACGCUGGUAUGGUCCUUUUUUCCGAUCGCAGCACCCUUCUGCGGAUGCCCGGUGACGCAUCCCAGAAGCACAAGUACUGGGUCAACAUCGGUAUACCUCAAGGGAGUCCCGUAUCGCCUAUUCUCUUCCUCUUCGCUGCAUCUGGCAUCCUCGAGAACUUCGCGUCGACUCACUCCGAAUUUUGCGCCGAAGUCUACGCAUUCGCCUACGUCGAUGACACCUACUUACUAGUCACUUCGCCCAGUUAUGAGCUGAACUGUUAGGCUUUGAAAGCUUUGCACGACCUCCUCAUGCGUUGGGCGACACCGAAUCGCAUGACUUUCUCGCCCCACAAGUAUUCUAUAUUGCAUUUCCGCAAG